UAAAAUCGAGGGAAAAGAUUCAUAGGAGUCAAAGAGAGUGCUCCAGCCUGCUCAAAUCAAUGUGCCCAAUAAAACCAUAAAACAUACAAUAUCAGCUCGGUUAGGACCGCCUCUUUUUAACCCUCGAUAACGCUCUCUGCUCCCCACUGGUACGGGGCAUUCAACCCUAAGCCCUAAGCGUCAUACGGUCGUUUUCCUUUAGAAAAAUCGGGGCAAUAGGCACCGUAAGCUCCGUGGUAUAGACGAGCCAAAAUCGCGUGAAGCACUCGCUCCGCCCCGACCGUAGUCUCGCGCUUCUCAUUGGGGGCGCACCACGCCCCCCCGUGAAAUCUGUAGUGGCCCCCCGAAUGCAGCGGAGUGCCAUGUACACUUGGAGGGCACUCUAAGAGUACGCUUAGGCGAGUUAAGCGCACUUCGCAGCUAAAGAGUCUUACAUCAAGGGUGCUCUAUAAAGAGUGCUAUAGCCCCCCGAUCGCUGAUUUAUUUAUAUAGUUAGUCAGUUUGUUUAUUGAAUUCGGUUAUCGGUUCGAGUGGUUCGGGCUCUCGCCCGACUAUCGAGUGAGUAUUUUGCGUGUUUCGGGUUCUUCGUCGUCGCAUUAGAAUUUUAUAUAAAGAGAAACGGGCGUUUUCGAAAUCGUCGAAGGACGAACGGCUAUUAUAGUGGGUGCGUGCGUUAAGAGUUAUUGCCGCACUCGGGUGUGAGGUUGGACGGGAAGAAUCCCGCGCGCGGCCAACCUGCCGCUGUAUUUAAACACGGAUGGAUUAAUUGGGUCGAAGGAGUUGUUUUGUAACGGGGGAUCGUUCGCUGCGGUCCUGGAGUCCAUGUCUGCAGGUGGCAACUACGGGGAAGGUCCCGUGGUGCCGGUGGUGGACCGUGGAAGUACCGGAUCGAGCGCCUCCGACCUCCACGGGCUCCUGCCCGAGCUCAAUGGCGUCGAGUUGGCGAUGAGCCUGAGCCCCAAGGGGCACUUGGGCCAUCAGGGAUCCGCGCUCAGUCAUCAGCUACAGCACCAGUUGCACCAUCACAGCACCCCGUUCAGCGUCACCGACAUACUCAGUCCCAUCGAGGAAUCGUAUCGCAAAUUGGAAUUGGCCGCUAAUCCUCCCUCACCUUAUCGAUCUACCUCUAGCGGUAGCAGCAUAAACUCACCGGGAGCCGUGGGUACCGCCUCCGCCGGUACCGCUUGCAGUAUGAACGGCGGUUAUCCGGUUAUGGGGCAGUUCGGGGGCGGCCAGUAUUGUCCCUCGGUGUCCGAAAAUUUGGGACUGCCCCCUCACUAUUCUUCUGGAUGGUAUCAGAGUUCUGCGGCCGAUCCACGAUUUGCCAUUUCAAGAUUGAUGGGUACGAGUGCCUCGGCGGCGAACAUGGGCCACCACGGCCUUAAUACGGGGAUGCCCGGUUUAGGCCCGUGCGCAGGCGUCACCGACACGAAACCGAUGCAAUUCCCGCUCGCACAGCGUCGUAAGAGGCGUGUCCUGUUCACCCAAGCGCAGGUAUACGAACUGGAACGGAGAUUUAAGCAGCAAAAGUACUUGUCCGCCCCAGAGCGAGAACACUUGGCCUCCCUCAUCCAUCUAACUCCCACACAAGUGAAAAUCUGGUUCCAAAACCACCGGUACAAGUGCAAACGACAGGCCAAAGAGAAGGCGAUGGCCGAACAAAACCAACACAACCAGUCAUCAAGUUCACCGCGUCGCGUAGCGGUUCCAGUUCUAGUCAAAGACGGCAAACCGUGUUCGAGUAGCAGCAACCAAACCAACUCGUCGGCCUCGAGCGGCCAAUCGGGCGGCCAGGAUCAGUCACGUGGCGGCGGCCAACAGACGGCGGCCUGCCAAUCGAGUCAGUCGGCGCAGGCGCAGUGCAUGGCAAACGGCGGCCUCGCGAUGGCUUAUGGCCGCCAACAGACCAACUAUCAGCAACAGUGUAGCGCCUAUUUGCCGCUACAGGCGAGGGCGUGGUAGUGCCACGAACAGUACGGGUUAGUCUACGACAGUGAUAUGUAAGCCCUCGGUUGUCUCCUUUUAGUGGACUAUUUUUUUUUUUUUUAAUCUUUUUCCUUGUUUGGACUCUUUCGGACUACCCGUGCGUGCGGCAUCUUUUGAGGGAAUUGUAAAUUGCAACUAACGGCAACACUGUUUGGGUCCCUUCUGUGUGUCUUAGAUUUGUUUGAUUGAAGUAGUAGUAACGGAGCAUGCGUAAGGGGGCGUGGCUUAUGAUUUGCCAAGAGCAAUGUUGUCAAGUUAUGAAGAAAUUAAGAGACUUGUAGCGAAGUUAUUUUAAUGAGACUCGGUUUGUAUCGCACCCUCGCUGAAAAGUGUCUUAAUUCAAAAAACCUGGUUUUGAGAAUCACAACUGGCCCAACUUUGACAGGCUGUCAUUUGCGACCUGUCAAAUUUAGGUUUUUCAAAUUUGGAUUUUCUUGUAAAGGAAUGACCUGAAAUGACAAUAAAAGAAACAUUUUGUUGCUAAACCUUAAAGCAACAAAAUAACAUCAAUUUUUGAGAACCAUGUCUUGGUCAUUAAGUCUGAAAAAAAAACUUAACUUUCACAAGCUGUCAAUCGUCACCUAUCAAAGACACUUAUUUCAAAUUUGGAUUUUAUGGGAAAAUAAUCGUUUAAUAUUAUAAUGAAAAAACAUUUUGUUGCUAUAUAUGAAAGUAACAAAAUUACAGGAAUUUUGGAAAACCAUGUCUCGAUUAUUAUGAGGGAAAAUUCUUAUUAUCAUCUUUGAGUGCUUGUAAAAAAUUCCUUAUUAAAAAUAUUGACUUGAAAUAUCUUUUUAAAUAUAGACUGAAGUUUUCCAAAUAAAUUGGGAUAAUUUUGAAUACAUUUGGACAAUUUUUGAGGAAGUUAUUAGGGUUUUUUUACCAGGAGUCCAAAAAAUUGGGACAAUUUUCACCAUCAUUUUUGAGAGCCUGUAAAAUAUUCCUUAUUAAAAAUAUUUGCUUGGAAUAAUUUUUUAAACAGAAACUAAAGUUUUCCAAACGAAUUGAGAUAAUUUUGAACAAAUUUGGACCAUUUUUAAAGGAGCUAUGAAGGUUUUUGUACUGGAUGUCCAAACAAUUGGAAAAAUUAUAACCGUCAUCUUUGAGAGCGCGUAAAAAAUAAUCUAAUAAAAAUAUUGACUUGGAAUAUUUUUUAAAAUAUAAACUGAAGCUUUCCAAACGAAUUAAAAUAAUUUUAAAUAAAUGUAGAUAAUUUUUGAGGAAGUUUUGAAGGUUUUUGUAUUGAGUGUCUAAAAAUAUGGAAAAUUUUCAUUAUUAUCUUUGAAAGCCUGUAAAAAAUUCCUUAUUAAGAAUAGUCAUUUACAGUAACUUUUUAAGGAUAAACUGCAGUUUUCCAAACAAACUAUGAUAAUUUUGAAUAAAUUUGGACAAUUUUUGAGUGAGUUAUGAAGGUUUUUCUACCAGAUGUCCGAAAAAUUGGGACAAUUUUUACCAUCAUUUUUGAGAGCCUGUAAAAAAUGCCUUAUUACAAAUAUUGAUUUAGAAUAUCUUUUUAAAUAUAAAUUGAAGCGUUCCAAACGAAUUGAGAUAAUUUUAAAUAAAUUUGGACAAUUUUUGAGGGAGGUAUGAAGGUUUUUCUAAUAAGUGUCGUAAAAAUUAGAAAAAAAUUUCAUAAAUCAUCUUUGAGAGUUUGUAAAAAAUUCCAUCUAAAGAAUAUUUAUUUAGACUAUUUUUUUAAAUAUAUACUUAUGUUUUCCAAACGAAUUGAGGACGUUUUGAACAAAUUUGGAUAAUUUUUGAGGGAGUUAUUAAGGUUUUUGUACCAGGUGUCCAAAAAAUUGAAAGAAUUUUCACCAUCAUCUUUGAAACCCUAUAAAAAAUUCCUUAUUAAGAAUAUUGAUUUGGAAUAUUUUUUAAAAUAAAAACUGAAGCUUUCCAAACAAACUAAGGCAAUUUUAAACAAAUUUGGACCAUUUUUAAAGGAGCUAUGAAGGUUUUUGUACUGGAUGUCCAAACAAUUGGAAAAAUUAUAACCGUCAUCUUUGAGAGCGCGUAAAAAAUAAUCUAAUAAAAAUAUUGACUUGGAAUAUUUUUUAAAAUAUAAACUGAAGCUUUCCAAACGAAUUAAAAUAAUUUUAAAUAAAUGUAGAUAAUUUUUGAGGAAGUUUUGAAGGUUUUUGUAUUGAGUGUCUAAAAAUAUGGAAAAUUUUCAUUAUUAUAUUUGAAAGCCUGUAAAAAAUUCCUUAUUAAAAAUAUUCAUUUAGAGUAACUUUUUAAGGAUAAACUGCAGUUUUCCAAACAAACUAUGAUAAUUUUGAAUAAAUUUUGACAAUUUUUGAGGGAGUUAUGAAGGUUUUUCUACCAGGUGUCCGAAAAAUUGGGACAAUUUUUACCAUCAUUUUUGAGAGCCUGUAAAAAAUGCCUUAUUGCAAAUAUUGAUUUAGAAUAUCUUUUUAAAUAUAAAUUGAAGCGUUCUUAACGAAUUGAGAUAAUUUUGAAUAAAUUUGAUCAAUUUUUGAGGGAAUUAUGAAGGUUUUUCUACCAGGGGUCCGAAAAAUUGGGAGAAUUUUGACCAUCAUCUUUGAGAGCCUAUAAAAAAUUCUUUAUUAAAAAUAUUGAUUUAGAAUAUUUUUUCAAAUAUAAAUUGAAGCGUCCUAAACGAAUUGAGAUAAUUUUGAAUAAAUUUGGUCAAUUUUUGAGGGAGUUAUGAAGGUUUUUGUACUGAGUGUCUAAAAUAUGGAAAAUUUUCAUUAUUAUCUUUGAAAGCCUGUAAAAAAUUCCUUAUUAAGAAUAUUCACUUAAAGUAUCUUUUUGAGGAUAAACUGAAGUUUUCCAAACAAACUAAGACAAUUUUGAAUAAAUUGUAACAAUUUUUGAGGGAGUUAUGAAGGUUUUUCUACCAGGGGUCCGAAAAAUUGGGAGAAUUUUGACCAUCAUCUUUGAGAGCCUAUAAAAAAUUCUUUAUUAAAAAUAUUGAUUUAGAAUAUUUUUUCAAAUAUAAAUUGAAGCGUUCUAAACGAAUUGAGAUAAUUUUGAAUAAAUUUGGUCAAUUUUUGAGGGAGUUAUGAAGGUUUUUGUACUGAGUGUCUAAAAAUAUGGAAAAUUGUCAUUAUUAUCUUUGAAAGCCUGUAAAAAAUUCCUUAUUAAAAAUAUUCAUUUAGAGUAACUUUUUAAGGAUAAACUGCAGUUUUCCAAACAAACUAUGAUAAUUUUGAAUAAAUUUGGACAAUUUUUGAGUGAGUUAUGAAGGUUUUUCUACCAGGUGUCCGAAAAAUUGGGACAAUUUUUACCAUCAUUUUUGAGAGCCUGUAAAAAAUGCCUUAUUACAAAUAUUGAUUUAGAAUAUCUUUUUAAAUAUAAAUUGAAGCGUUCUAAACGAGUUGAGAUAAUUUUGAAUAAAUUUGGACAAUUUUUGAGGGAAGUAUGAAGGUUUUUCUAAUAAGUGUCGUAAAAAUUAGAAAAAAUUUCAUAAAUCAUUUUUGAGAGUCUCUAAAAAAUUCCAUCUAAAGAAUAUUUAUUUAGACUAUUUUUUUAAAUAUAAACUAACGUUUUCCAAACGAAUUGAGGACGCUUUGAACAAAUUUGGACACUUUUUAAGGAAGUUAUGAAGGUUUUUGUACCAGGUGUCCAAAAAAUUGGGAGAAUUUUCACCAUCAUCUUUGAGAGCCUAUAAAAAAUUCCUUAUUAAGAAUAUUGAUUUGGAAUAUUUUUUAAAAUGAAAACUGAAGCUUUCCAAACAAAUUAAGGCAAUUUUGAACAAAUUUGGGCCAUUUUUGAAGGAGCUAUGAAGGUUUUUGUACUGGAUGUCCAAACAAUUGGAAAAAUUAUAACCGUCAUCUUUGAGAGCGCGUAAAAAAUAAUCUAAUAAAAAUAUUGACUUGGAUUAUUUUUUGAAAUAUAAACUAAAGCUUUCCAAAUGAAUUGAGGCAACUUUCAGCAAAUUUGCACCAUUUUUGAGGGAGUUAUGAAAGUUUUUGUAUCUCGACGUGGUCAAAAAUGACGGUUUUGACUAGUGACACUUUUUUUAGCGGGAUUUUAGACAAGAAUUGACAACGUCGGGCUUUUAUGAGCGAAAUCUAGCAGUGUUGCCGUGUUUAUGUACCAUUGUUGCCAUUUUAAAGAAAUUUCUUAUACUUCAAUGUUCCUUAAAAAAAAAUCGUUUUUUUUUUCGAUGAUAGGAUUUGACAAAAGUAAAUUUCAAGGUAGUAUAUAAUAUAGCUACUUAAACCACGUGAAGCUUUAAUUUGAUGUAAUUAAGUUUGUACAUAAUGUAUUUGUAUAUAUGUAAAUAUUGGAUCUCUUCUCCCGUUACAAAAAGAAACAGGGUCAACGUCUAGUAGGAAAACGUGUUUGAUAUUGUAUACCGCUAGGGGGCGUAAAUAAUGUUUAAGUGCAAUCGUACAUUUCUUAACGAGCAGCAAUAAUAUUACAAUUUGUUUUUGUACAAUAUUUUGUACAUAUAUUUUACCGUGUAGCGUAAAAUCAUCUUGCCAAAAUGUAUUUUAUUAUUAUUUAUUUGUAAUUUUUAAUUGUACAGGAAAUAAUUGUUAGACCUUAAUAAUUAUAAUUAAUAUAAUGCACAAUAUAUCAUGAUGUAAACUAUAUAUGUGUUUUUAAAUUAAAAUAAAAUAAAUUAAAUUAA